AUGAGUCUGCUGAGGUCCAGCGGGCUGAAGGCCCCCACCAAGAUCCUCAAGCAUGGGAGCUGGGCCCUGAAGACACCCUCGGCCGCGGCUGCUCCCGUUGAGAAGACCGUGCCUGGGGAGAAAAACCCCAGCGCCCCCUCCUCGGAGAUGCAGGAGGAGUUUGUGGGCGACUUCCAGGUCGGGGAACGAGUCUGGGUGAACGGGAACAAGCCUGGAUUCAUCCAGUUCCUCGGGGAGACCCAGUUUGCCCCUGGUCAGUGGGCCGGGAUCGUCUUGGACGAGCCCAUCGGCAAGAACGACGGCUCGGUGGCGGGUGUGCGCUACUUCCAGUGCGAGCCGCUGAAGGGCAUCUUCACCCGGCCGUCCAAGCUGAGUAGGAGCUUGCAGGCCGACGAUGAGACCAACUGCCGGCAGCCAGCGCCUGUCGCCUGGGCCACACCGCCCCUGUCGGCCUCCCCGGCCCUUGCCGGCACCGCGAAGGUGCCCCAGUCCCCCGCGAAGGAGGCACCGGCCACCCCUCACAUCAGCAGCCUGACCAGGAUGGCCAGCGAGUCCAUCUCCAACCUCUCUGAGGCCGGCUCCCUCAAGAAAGGGGAGCGGGAGCUGAAGCUCGGGGACCAGGUGCUGGUGAGUGCCGAGGGCAGAGUCACCAAGAUCGGCUUCCCGUCCACGACGCCGGACAAGGGCAGGGUGGCCGCCGUGAGGAAAGACGGUCAGUGGCCUCGGGGUGAGCCUCGCUGGGCGCCGGGGGCAGGGGUCCGCCCCGUGUCGGGGACACGGGCGCCGGGGGUCGCCCGCCGGGAGUCGCGGACCCUGCUCCGGCCCCCGCCAACCAACCUGGCGCUACGGAUCUCGGGCAUCCGGCCGGAGGCCCCCCAGGGACCGCUGCGCGGGCAGCGCCCCCUCCUGCGGCUCCGCAGCCACCGGCCGGCCCCCGAGGGGCGGGCAGGGAACCCCCGGGACGCGGGGACGCGGGCCUGA